GGGUGCCGCCUUCCCCCGCAAAACAAAAGGGAGCGGCGGCGGCGACAGCGGCCGGGAAGGACGGAGGGGAUCGGUCUCUGCUGCGCGGCGCUUGCCGGUGAGCCGAGUUCCCCCUCCGCGCUGCCGCCAUGUCCCGCCGCAGCCAGCGCCUUGUCACCACCCGCUAUUACCCCGGGGACGAUGAUGCCGCGACCAGCAGCAGCAGCACAUCUCUGCUGGGUGGGACACAGCUCCCCUUCAAGGAAACCACCGGCAGGACGAUCAGGAGGAAAUCGAGUAGCACAAAGCGCCUCUCUCCCGCCCCCAGCACCCAAACCUCCUACUACAGCGAGUCCAUGAUGAGCGAGUCCUACCUGGGGGGCAGCCGGGGCCUUGCUGCCCUGGGUAGCUCCAUGCUGGAUGAUGACCUGGACAGCAGCACGUACUGGGGUGGAGAGCUCUCCACCAGGAGGAGAAGAGGCACAGGGGACACCGAGUCCAGUAAGAUCAAUGGGGUGCUAGAGAGCAAGACAUACGACACCUACACAUCUUCAUCUGGGUACUCCUCGGAGGACGACUACGCUGGUCACUAUUACUCAAGCCAGAGUAGCUCUGGGUCUGGUCUGAGAACUGCAGCCUCCCGGGUGGGCUCCUUCCUCUGGCAGGUGUUUACCUCCCCAGUUCAGUUCAUGCGGUGGCUGUUCUCGAGGCUGGCAGGGGCCUGGCGCCGCCUCACUGGCACGGCUUCCCACCGGGACACUGUCCCCUUCUCCAGGCGCUACCCACGUCUGAAGAGGUCCCUGCUGCUGCUGCUGCUCCUCCUGCUCCUCGCUGCAGCCGCCUACGGAGCUUGGUACUUCUACCCAUACGGGUUGUCAACACUAAGCCUGCCUUCCUUCCCAUGGUGGGGAGCUGGAAAGCUUUCCUCUUCCUCCGAUGUUCCUGGGGCAGGGGACCUGACCACACUGGACCAGGGGGGACACCGACUCCUGGCUCGCUUCCAGUCCCUUGAGAAGCGCUUUGAGGCACUGGAGGCGGAGCUGUCACGGUGGGAGCUGCGUCGUGGGGCGGCAGCAGUGACAGCAGGGGGAGAACCACCCCCAGGAGACAUUCCUGCGCUGCUGGAGGGGCUGGUGAGCCGCCGGGACGCGGGGCUGAAGGAGCAUCUCCGCACCGACAUGGCCAACCACCUGCAGGGUGAGCUGGAUGCACUCCGAGCCCAGGUGCAGAGGGAUUUAGAUGGACGGCUAGGCAAGAUGACGCAAGCUUCCCAGGAGAUGGAGGCACGUUUGCUGGAGCUGAACUCGGAGUGGCAGAGCUCGGUGGAGGAGAGCCUGCGAGGGACCUUCCGGCAGGAGGUGGGCAAGCUGGAGCAGGAGGUGGCAGUGCUGAGGAGGGAGCUGGCAAGCCUCAAGUCAGACCAGGAGGUGAUGGGGAAGCACGUGGAGGGGAUACUGGAGCAGCUGAAGACAGUGCGGGCUGAUGUGGAAGCGCAGUUCCCGGUGUGGAUCGGUAGGUUCCUGUCACAGUCCAAGCAGGAUGGUGCUGCUGCCUUCAUCCUCCAGCGAGAAGACUUGCAGGCAGAGCUCCAGGCUCUGGAGCGCAAGAUCCUUGCAAAAGUCCUGGAGGACCGGAGACUGUCAGCACGGGAUGCUCAGGCCGGUAUUGGAGUUGCCCUGAGGCAAGGAGGGACUGCAGGAGUGACAGAGGAACAAGUGCAUCUCAUCGUGGGCCAGGCCCUGAAGCGCUACAGCGAGGACCGUGUGGGGAUGGUUGACUAUGCCCUCGAGUCAGCAGGGGCCAGCGUCAUCAACACUCGCUGCUCAGAGACCUACGAGACACGGACAGCGCUGCUGAGCUUGUUCGGCAUCCCCCUGUGGUACCACUCGCAGUCCCCCCGUGUCAUCCUGCAGCCAGAUGUCAACCCUGGGAACUGCUGGGCAUUUCGUGGCUCCGAGGGCUUUGCUGUCAUCCGCCUCUCUGGCAUUAUCCGCCCCACGGCCGUCACGCUGGAGCACAUCCCAAAAGCCCUCUCACCGCAGGGGACCAUCCCCAGUGCCCCCAAGGACUUUGCUGUCUAUGGCUUAAAAGAAGAAGGAGAGGAGGAGGGCCUUCUCCUUGGACGCUUCACCUACAACCACGAUGGCGACCCCAUCCAAACAUUUUACUUGGAGGGUGACUCCGUGGGCACAUACCAGCUGGUGGAGCUCCGGGUGCUGAGCAAUUGGGGCCACCCCGAAUACACCUGUAUCUACCGCUUCCGCGUGCACGGGGAGCCGGCGCACUGACCCCCGACCCUGCACAGGAUGAGGAUGCUGCUGGGCUGACAGCAGGAGGGGAUGCAUCUGGUUCACUGCUUUGCACUUAGAAAUCCUGGCAUGUGCCAGCAGCCACCCCAGGAAGCUGCUCCCCUGGGGGGGAGGAGAAGAGUUGGUGUUGAAGGGGUGAGGCUUUCACUCUUCCAAGGACCGGGGUGGUGAGGCAAGAGCAUCCCACGUGGGUCCUAGCGCAGCCUGGCUUGUUUUCAGUGGGUAUGGGACAUUUUAACUUUUUAAGCUAACUUUGUAUCGGGUUUGCGCUGCCCCUCUUCCCUGUUGUCCCGCUCCUUUCUAGCAUGGCCAGGGCUUGGGAAAGGAGUGUGUCAUUUUGUGAUGUGCUUCAAGCGGGCUUGGGUGCAGGAGAUCGGUGUGUGGGACCAUGGUGCCUGACUCGGUGCUGCCAGAGUAGGUGGGAGCCACCAGUCAUGGCCACUGAGUUCCCUCUACACAGGGUCACUUCUCUUGCCUUGGUGUUGGUUUGGUAAAGAUCUCCAGCCCUCCAAUGCUGGGCUGGCAGAGAGGAAAUAAGACAGUAUUAAUUAAGUAUUAACAUAAAACUAUGUUAAUGGUUUGCGAAGCAGGAGGAGAGGAGCGUGGCAGGCGCUGGUGGCAGAGCCCACCUUGGUGCUGCCAUCCAUCCAGUCAAGCCCUCCUGCUGCCAGUAGCUGAGUUGGGUCUUGGCGAUGCUGUUGGCCUCCCUGGCUGGCUGCCUCCCCAGUGUUAAGCUUGAUGAUGCUAUUGAAAAUUCCUGUUGCCUGCUUUUCCUUUGGGGUUUGUUCUGAUAUUUUUUUUUUUUAAGAGGGGUGGGAAGCUAUUUUCCAGUUGGGGUGUUGG